CUGUGAUUUGUGGAUUCUUUUGAUUAUUGAUAUAUUUAAAAAAUAGUUCAAUUUCAAAGAAAACUAUGUCGUGAUUAGAAUCUCAAUUUUUGUAAUUAUUAAAAUGUUGUUGAUAAAAGUAGUGAAAUUUAAAUUUUAGAUACCGAUUUGUAAUUAUUACUGUUUGAAAUUAAAUUAAUGGUCGUCCACUACAUGCAGUUACCUGAGAAAUUAUUUAUUCAAUAAAGGUCGCUCUCGGGCGAAGAGUCGAGAAAACUAAUAAGCUGUGAGAGUAAGCGGGGAAGACGCUACCCUGGACAAAGCGAGUCGAAUACACAGCAAAAAGGAUAUAUUUUCGGCAGCGGUGAUAAUUGUACGGAACGUCCAGUCUCAUAAUCUCUCCCAGCAAACUUAUCUCCUGCCAAAAUGUCGGGAGGUGCGACUAGGCCGCUGCUCUACGCCGUCUGUGCGGCUGUACUUGGCAUGCUACAAUUUGGCUUUAACACCGGUGUCAUCAAUGCACCACGGCAAUUUAUAGAGAACUUCAUCAAAGAAAAUUAUGAUGUCAACUCUGGAACCAUAUUCAGUGUCAUCGUUAGUAUAUUCGCCGUCGGAGGUAUGAUUGGAUGCCCAUUAGCAAGUUGGGUGGCUGAUAAACGUGGCAGGAAGUUUGCUUUACUCAUCAAUGCUGCGUUCGGUGUAGUAGGAGCGCUCCUAAUGGCAUUAAGUAAGACGUCCACGUCGCUGGCCAUGCUCAUUAUAGGCAGAUUUUUUAUUGGUAUAAAUUGUGGAUUUGCUACGACGGCUUCACCGACCUAUGUAUCAGAAAUGGCUCCAGUACGUUUACGUGGGGCUUUUGGAACUGUUAACCAGUUGGCCGUCGCGUUUGGCAUGGUUGGAGGACAAGUUCUUGGUAUUGAUGUUAUUCUAGGCAGCGAUGAAGGUUGGCCGUGGCUUCUUGGACUGGCUAUCAUACCCUCGGCCGUUCAGUUUAUUAUGUUACCGUUUGCACCAGAAACCCCGCGAUAUCUAUUGCUAUCUCAGCGAGAUGAGGAACAAGCAAGGAGUGUUCUUGCCAAGAUAAGAGGAACCGAUGAAAUUGAUGAUGAAAUAAAAGAUAUGAAUGACGAAGAUCACGCAAUGAAACAGGAGCAAAAGUUUACAAUUGGUGAUUUGUUGCGUAUUGAGUCUUUGAGGACGCCUUUGAUCAUUGGUAUUGUGAUGCACUUAUCGCAACAGUUGGGUGGAAUCAAUGCAGUUUUGUAUUUCUCUACAACGAUAUUUAUCAAAACUGGCUUGUCUGAAGGAGAUGCCCGUUUGGCAUCUAUUGGGGUUGGUAGCAUGUUGUUUAUCAUGGCUUUGGUUUCAAUACCCCUAAUGGAUCGUCUUGGAAGGAGAACUUUGCAGUUGGGUGGUCUGGGCGGUAUGGCAGUCUUCUCUGUGCUUAUGACUAUAGCAUUCUUUACAUACGAAAACAACAGAACAAUGAGUAUUUUUGCUGUUAUAUUUACCCUAAUGUACGUCGCGUUCUUUGGUGUUGGUCCUAGUUCCAUUCCUUGGAUGAUACUGUCAGAAUUGUUUGGUCAGGGUAGUCGUAGUGCUGCGGUUAGUGUAGGGGCUUUUGUUAAUUGGUUAGCGAACUUCAUAGUCGGUUUGACUUUCAUUCCCAUGUCUGACCUAUUAGGCAACUAUGUAUUUGUACCGUUUACUGUGCUGUUGAUAUUGUUCUAUGUGUUUACAUACUUCAAAUUACCUGAGACGAAGAACCGAACAAUAGAGGAAGUGACAGCGUUGUUCAAGAAAUAGUCUCGGUAGGAUUAUAAAGCGGCCUUAAGACACAAAACAACUGCCAGAAAACGAGGAGUGAAAUCAAAUCUGUACGCCCUCGAAGUGGCCAUUCAGGCUGAACGGCUUGCAUCACAUUCCUUUAGUGUUAAGCUCGCAAUAAGUUAAAUAACCAAUUGUGAUAGUUACUGUAUUAUUAUAUAUUGGAAAUAUUUUUAAUUCCCAGUUUCUUGAGUCGUAAGACUUGUAGGAAGACUGAACUUUACUUAUCUUUAUAUUUAUUGAAGUACUUAUUCGGAUACUGGAAAUGUCUAUUGGGCUACGUUCGUAAUAUUGCUUUUUGCUUAGAACCAUUGGUAUAGGUAUAACUGAAAUCCAAGCACUAUUCACAUUAUAAUUCAACACAAUUGCUAAUCCAGACAUGUUUAUUGAGACAAUCGCUAUAGGAAGCGACAUACGUGUGCACAAUUGUAAAAAAAUCUUGUUUACAAUUGUGCACUCGUGUGAAUAAUCCCAAGUGUAAAGUUGGGUUCUAAGCGCCAGCAAGCCAUUACGCUCGUAACUUGCGUAGUGUAUCUUUCGUUCAAUCUUGCCGGAAUUUGUUUGGGUGUAGAGGACCAAUGUUUUGAUUGUUAUUAUUUAAGAGCACAAUUUUUGAUUUUUUACACUUUGUAUAGAUUUUUAUUAUGUUACAAUCACAGUGCCUUAGCUUAGUUUGUUGAUUUCAUAUUGAAUUUAAAGCUGUUGUUAAGUUUACGCAUUUUAUAUUGAAAUACUCCAAAGUCAGUUUUUGGAGUGCUCGAAGCUAGGCUCGAAUUUUGAGUUCUAUCCAAACUCAUUCACCAAAUAAUUUAGAAUUUAUUUUGAGGGUCCGUUUAACACAAAUGAAACUGAUCAACUAAAUAUAUUUUCUUUUAUACAAAUAUACUUUAUACAAUUA